AUGAAUAUACUCAAAGUUAGAUUACCCUCUCGGCUUGUUUCCCGGUACUCCCACCUCAGACCAGUGAGAUGUGGGAUGUUCAAUGGGUUCAGCUCAGUUCAUAGACAGUUUCAUAGUUCAAGACCCAGUUUCUUGGAUGAUCCGUACAAGACGUUGGGAGUGAACGAGAGUGCUUCGGCCUCCGAUAUCAAGAAGGCGUACUACAAGCUCGCCAAGAAAUACCACCCAGACAUCAACAAGGAACAAGGAGCCGAGAAGAAGUUCCACCAGCUGCAAGAAGCGUAUGACAUAUUGAGCGACCCUCAGAAGAAACAGCAGUACGACCAAUUUGGAGCUUCUGCAUUUGAUCCAAACGCGGGAGCCGGUGGGUUCGGUGGGGCUCACGGCGGCAAUCCGUUUGGAGGGUUCCAAGGCGGUGGCAAUCCGUUUGAAGGAUUUGGCUUCAAUUUCGAGGACCUGUUUGGAGGAAUGGGUGGCGGUGGUAGACAGCGUGGGGGUGUGCAGCAUUUCCAAGGAGAAGACGUUGAAAUUCUCAAGUCCAUCACGUUCCGGGAGGCCAUUUUCGGAACCAGGGCUGCUCUGGACUACAGAGCUGUUUGUCAGUGUGACACAUGCUCUGGAUCGGGACUCAAGAAGAACAGCAAAAAGAGCACCUGUCGCAGCUGUGACGGUACAGGAUCGCAAGUGUACCAAUUACAGGCUGGAUUCCAGAUGGCCUCCACGUGUAAGGCGUGCGGAGGAAGCGGUGUGUUCAUCAAUCCCUCGGACGCUUGCAAAGACUGUCGUGGCGAGGGAGUUGUGGAGCAGCACAAGCAGACCGAGGUGAACUUGCCAAAGGGAAUCAAGGAUGGAUCGCGGAUCCGUGUGAGCGGUGCUGGUAAUGCUCCGCAUGCCACAACGUCCAAGGGAACGAUCCUGAGCAACGGCGAUUUGAUCAUCAGAGUGAGAGUUCUGCCUGACCGGGAGUUUGUGAGGGACGGUGUGCACGUAAUCUACAAUUGCAAGAUCCCAAUGACGACUGCGGCCUUGGGAGGCACGGUGGAGAUUCCGACCCUGGAGGACCAAAAGAUCAAGAUCAAGAUUCCUGCGGGAUCGGAGCACGGCAAGGUGAUAUCGAUUCCAGAAAGAGGAGUUCCGUAUGCGGGAAACAGAAGAGGAGACCUGCGGGUGAUUCUGAACGUUGUUCCGCUCAAGCCGCAGAAUGCUACGCAGACAGCGCUGUUGGAGGCCCUAGCGGACGCAUUUGGCGACAAGACCGCCAAGCGUCUCGACCCGGACUGGAAGCCGCUGGAAAACGUUGCCGAGACCACGAGCUCCGACGCCGACGCCAACUGCGAGCACCCGACUAAUUUGAAGAGAAUCGAAUCAUUCCUGAGCAAUGCAUUCAAGAAGAUCCUUAACAAAAACGAUAAAUAA